AUGGACUCGUUUUACCACACAGCCGAAGCGAUUGUUAGCUCAACUCAGCAAAAUCUGGAUGGUGGCAUUUUCACUUUUUUCUUGGAUUAUCUUCUAAACGUUCACAACUCGCCACAGAAUCACAGCUUACCGCCACUUUCUGCGCAUUUUGCUGCAACAAUCAGAUCUGGGGGUUUCCCAGCAGGUAUUUUCUUUGGCUUCCUUUGGUGCCUUGGCUUAGUUGCCGGCUUCAUUUACAUUUGGUGGCUUAAACACCGAAAGUCACUGUCAUCGAUUUCCCCUCGUCUUCCGGAAAAUCAGCUUCAUAUUAGCAAAGCGCCAAGUGGUAUUGGUGGAUACGGACCUAAUGAACUCGACUCAUCGACAAAAUCGAAGUUCUUCCUGCGACGCCGUCGGCUGCAGUCAAAGUGGGUGUGUAUUGCAUCACAGUGUGUUGUAUUAACAUCUUUAGUUUGUCUCCUUUUCUUUUUGUGCAUUCUUGGAUUUGUUGUAAGUUAUUCACUUCAUUUAUCUUUGACCGCUAAGCCACAGAAAAACUCGACUCUGCUAUUAAAUCACACCAGUUUAUUUCCUGGUAUCACAUCAGCCCUAACAAAAAUGCGUUUGUAUUUGACCGAAUUUCUCAAUGAAACGAGAACGGCCACUGCGCCAGCUGUUGAAGAUCUCAUUCGUGCCACCGUUGAAAUGCAAAACGCGACCACACAUGAGUUCAAUGCCAUAAUUUUUAGCAUGCUUAACAUUGAUAGAGCUUUUGUGCUCGGUGACAAGCUGGGUGCUCAUACAGUCAACUUGCUAAAUUUGGUCACGCCUUUGAAAAACGACGUUCUUGAAUAUACAGACGCAGUUUCCUCAUUGAGUGUAGCGAUUGCUCGAUGGAAUGGAUAUAUGGAGCAAAUUCAUAUGGAGACGAAUCUCACCUCCAUGAAACCAUGUGAAAUGGAUUUGGAUUGCAACUUGCCGAUUCUUUUAAGAUCCGAUAUAGCUGUUAGUUCGCAUUGGCGCCUACCUCAAUUUGACUUUGCCAUAGCUCUUAACUUUGUAACUGAUGCCCAAAAUCGGACGCCUGAGGUGAUCGAGGAGCAGCUCAAGUCCGGCCGACAGUUGGCAGCGCGUCAGUUAGGCAAAGCACUUGAGAGAAUGCGUGUAGAAUUGAAUAUUCCUGGUUCACUACGUAAUCUGACAGAAGAGAACUUGGAAAAUAUUGCUGGGAAAUUAAGUGGAUCGAUUGUGCAGAUAGACAAACUUGCUGAAAUCGUCGCAGAAAAAAUCCACCCUCUAUUCAUUGUUGGAUCCGCAUAUAUAUUUGCUUUUGGCUGUUUCAUUUGGCUUGAUAUUUUCUGCAUUGUACUUGGAAUAUCUUUGCUGCUUUAUCAAUACCACUGCCUUCCAGUCACCAUUCCACCUAGAAAACGGCAAAGAAUCCGCUGCAUUGCAUCGUUCUGCCUCAUCUUCUUAGCGUUCAAUGUUGCUGCAUCCUGCGCAGUAUUCCUUGUUGCCGGUUACGCACAGACAGAAUUCUGUCGUUACAUAAGUCCUGAUCGUGCAAUUAUGGACAUAAACUCUAACAAGUCAACGAAAUAUCCGAUCACAUUUCUUCUGGAUGUUCAUGUGAACGCUUUUCUAGAUGCCAAUUGGGACAAAAUUGUCCAGAUAAUAGGGACAAUGGACAAGGAUAGUAAAGGUAAUAAAAUACCUGUCCCUCGAAUACGAAGUCCAGUCAAAGCCUUAAACGUAGCUUGUAAGGAGAAUGUUGGCAUAUUGGAGGCCUUUGAGGCGGUCGACACGUUUAACUUUUCCAUCCUCAACAAACCACAGGUGAUCGGUGAUUUUGUCAACAAAGGCAAAAUCAUUAUGCGAGACACACUGUUAGAGCUAAAUGCUACGGAGAUUUUCCCCCCAGCAUUAGCGGAGUCCGUCCAGCUAGCAUCUCGCCUCGACGAUUUUCUUAUUCCUUUUGACAAGGUCCGCCAGCAGCUACCAAAAAAUUUUUUAAACGUCACUUCCCACAACACAACCUUGCUUAUGUCGGGAACAGAGCUGUCGGGCCUGUGGAAUGACUAUUACCAUUUCCUUAAUCAAAGUGGAUUCCCUCAUGAAACCCUUAAUCGAGCAGAUGAACUGGCAAGUAUCGUCUUUAAUUUCUCAUCCAAAAUCAAAAUGCUUCUCGAAUCUGUGGAUGAAAGCCUGCAAAAGCUGGAAAAACUUCAAAAAAUUGGGCCAACUGUCUCGGAACUUCAGGGUAUAUUUAACAGCAUAAUUGAUCAGCUCCGAGAUCGACAGAACGUUAUCACUGAAGCCAUGAAGUUGUACGAUGUACAUGUUGCAAACGAAUUGCCCAAAAAAGCUGAAGAACUAAUUUUUAAAUAUGGGCCAGCACUAGUGAAGGAAGUUGGUCAUUGUCGAAAGCUUCAUGAUGCCUAUGCCACUGGUGUUUCAGCGGUCUGUGAUUUUGUUGUGGAACCCCUUAACGGACUAUGGUUCUUUACAAGCCUCUGCACCCUUCUUGCGACCGCGCUCAUUCCCCUCGGACUAUACAGUCGGCUUGGUUGGUAUCUGUUAGAGGAAACCUUUCAUGCAUUUGACACGCCAGAGUACAAUUUAUAA